CUUGAUAAGCUAAAGUUGAAGCAAAGAAUGCUAUCACAUGACAUGGCAACUCGCUGGAGUUCGACAUAUGACAUGUUGGCAAUGGCUUUGGAGUAUAAGAAAGCUGUGAAGCAGAUAACAAGUGAUGAUGAAGAGAUUGGAGAUCGAGUGGUACCAGAAUUCAGGCUGUCAUUGAAGGAGUGGAAGAUGCUCCCCCCCUCCCAAUUGCCAGUAACAUUCUAA